AUGUUUGACAGCUCGCAGUAUCCCUACAAUUGCUUCAACUACGACGCCGACGAUUAUCCCGCCGGCAGCUCCGACGAGGAGAAGCGGUUCACGAGGCCCGCGUACAGCUACAUCGCGCUGAUCGCCAUGGCCAUCCAGCAGAGCCCCGCGGGCAGGGUGACCCUGGCGGGCAUUUACGACUUCAUCACGCGCAAGUUCCCCUACUACCGCGCCAACCAGCGCGCCUGGCAGAACUCCAUCCGCCACAACCUGUCCCUCAACAGCUGCUUCGUCAAGGUGCCCCGGACCGAGGGCCAGGAGAAGGGCAAGGGGAGCUACUGGACGUUCGCGGGCGGCUGCGACUCGCUGCUGGAUCUCUUCGAGAACGGCAACUACCGGCGGCGGCGGCGGCGGCGCGACGAGGGGGCGAGGGCGGCUCGCGAGGAGGACGCCCCGGGGCCCCGGGGUCCGCGAGAUCCCGCUGGCGCGGCAUCCCCCGACCCCGCCCACCCCUCCGGCCCCCCAGGCCCCGCCCGCGGGAAGGAGGACCCCCAAGGGGGCAUCAAGUUCAGCAUCGACUACAUCCUCUCCUGCCCCCACCCCCACCCCCGGCUCAAGCCGCCCCGUCCCACUCAGGAGGGCAAAUGCCCCCCGCUGGAGCCCCAGCCCAGGAACCCGCACUUUUGGGCCAUGGCCCUUUCAGCCCCCACGGAGAACGAGGAGAGCCACUGUGCAGACUCCCCACCUUCCCCAGACCGACCCGGGAGUCUAAACCAGCCCCGGCGGGCCGGAGGCCACAGGCUGCUGCUUUCCAGAACGCUCCGCUGGGAAAGCACCACAUUUGGGGGUACCCACUGCCAGCCACGCCACAGAGCUGAGAUUCUUCCGGACUCCAGCCCCCCGCGUGCCCAUGGGACGUGUGUGCCGUCCCGUGUUUACAUCCCACUGUCGGUGGGUCCCUCAGGCCUGCCGUUUAGGGGCCAGGACGAGGGGCUGCCCCCUCCUCUCAGUGCACCCGAGGCACAGCGCCGUUCGGGAGCUUGA